UUUCGAUUGGGCCAAGUAAUCAAAAUGGCGGAUAAUGGGAGCGGCGUUUGUAGCCCGCCAUUGUUUUCCUCCUUAGAAAAGGUUUAUUUCGCUUCUACAGCAAAGGCAACUUCCAGAUAUGAAAAGAUCAAAGGAACAUUUUUAAACAAGUAUGGUUCUCCUCCUGAAUUCUAUGCCAGAGCUCCAGGGAGAGUGAAUAUUAUUGGAGAACAUAUAGAUUACUGUGGCUAUGGAGUAUUACCAAUGGCUGUGGAACAGGAUAUUGUGAUAGCCGUAGCACCUAAUGAUCAGAAAACACUCAAUAUAUCCAAUACAUUCAAUGAUUUUCAAGAUUUUAGUACUAGCUGUGAAUAUUACAAAAUUGAUGGGAAGGAGUGGUACCACUAUUUCCUCUGUGGUUAUAAGGGACUACUGGACCACAUGAAGAUUACAUCUCCAGUAGGCUUGAACCUUGUUGUGGAUGGAACUGUACCAAAGAGUGCAGGGUUGUCUAGUUCGUCUGCUCUGGUCUGCUGCUCAGGACUGGCAACAGUUCAUGCUAAUGGACUUGAACUGAGUAAGCAUGAACUUGCAGAGGUUUGCACGAAAUGUGAACGUUAUAUUGGAACUGAAGGUGGAGGUAUGGACCAAUCCAUUUCAUUUUUGGCUGAACCAGGAACAGCUAAGCACAUCGAGUUUGAUCCCAUCAGGGCAUAUGACGUCACUCUCCCAGACGGUAUUGUGUUUGUGAUCGCAAAUAGCUUGGUGGAAAUGAAGAAAUCUGCAACAGCUGGGACGCAUUUUAACGCCAGAGUUGUAGAGUGUCGGUUAGCGGCCAAGGUGUUGGCUAAAGAAAGCGGCCUGGAUUGGAAAAGUGUGCGACGUUUGAGUGAGGUACAGCAAGGCAAAGAAAAGAGCUUGGAUGAAAUGGUACAGAUGGUCGACUCAUGUCUUCAUUCAGAGCCCUACACAAAGGAAGAGCUUUGCAAAUUUUUUGAACUCUCGGAGGAAGAGUUGAUCAACCAGUGCAUGAGUCCCUCAACUGCGGGUGUAAAUAGCUUUAAACUUCACGACCGAGCCAAGCAUGUCUACUCUGAAGCGUCUCGAGUGCUCAAGUUUAAAAACGUCUGCGAGGAAAAACCUGCUAACGCUGUUCAGGUUCUGGGAGGCCUGAUGAACGAGAGCCACGACAGCUGUAGUAAGAUGUACGAGUGCAGUUGUGAGGAACUCGACCAGUUGGUGAAUCUCUGCAGGCAAGCUGGCGCAGUUGGUUCCAGGCUCACAGGAGCGGGAUGGGGCGGUUGCACAGUAUCACUGGUACCUGUUGACGUCAUCGAUGAUUUCAUGAAAAAAGUGCAUGACGGGUACUAUGCCGCUGACCCUGAGAAACUUCAACGAGUAUCGGAGAGUCUGUUUGUUACUCAGCCAGGGAGUGGUGCGGCAAUAUUAAAGCUUAACUAACGGAUAAUUUUAAAGAUUUAUGGGAAGAGAACGUAGAGGGGUAAAAGAUUUUUUUAAGAGACACGAGACAGUCUAUUUGUUCACAGAGAAGUUAGUUUGGGUUUUUAUUUUGUCAGUUUUCUUUCAGUAGAACUUUAGGCAGGUAGACAUGCAUGUAGGUAUGUAGGUAGAGUUUUGUUUUCUUUGCGAAUAUUCCAGAACGUCAUUAAAUAGAAGGGCAUUUUUCCUUGAUGAGGGCAUCAGGUUUAUGUUUAAGGCCCCGCCAGUCCACACUACGCCGGAGAAAUUUGAAAACGGGGUUUUCACUCUGAAAACGCAGCAAAUGUUUUCCGUUCACACUUGGUCGGGAGAAAUGUGAAAACGCAACAAUCACCAGUCGUUUUGGAAUUGCUUGAGGAAAGCUCUGUUUUUGUCACGGAUUAGUGUGGACGGCAGGCCUAACCGUAGAAAUAAAGCUGCGUUUUCAAAUUUCUUCGGCGUAGUGUGGACGAGACGUAAAGGUUAGGAGCAGAUUACGGUUAAGACGUGGUAUAGGAGUUUGUUUGAAUUAUCAGCCCCAGGAAUUUGAUUGAUUUCAACAAAAGCGGUUUUCUGAUGCCAUUGAAAUACAAUUUUGUUUUCGCUGUUUAAUUGGUUUUCUUCGUUUACUGUUCGUGCAACGUACUCAGCCAAUGAAAGAAAGGAUGGAGAACCUUUUAGCCAAUCAAGUCCAAGCUAAAACCAGUCGUGAUUGGCUUAGUAGUUUUCCCGCGCUUUCUGUUGAAGAUUACGCUCAGUCUAUGGCACGACUUCCUAAAAGAAAACUGCUCUAUGAUAGCCUGUCAAUGAUCUUCAUAAGGAAACUACUCUUUACAAUUUAGGACUUUGAAUUCCAUAAAAGAGGCAAUUUAAGAUUUUUAAGUUAUUAGAGAAAGCUAUCAAAGAUGGUAUUGCAAAAAGGCUUUAUUGCCCUGUUUUUCAUUUUUUAUUCGUGAACGUUGUUGAACAAACUACAGCGUAGCUAACGGUAAAUAAAUAGUCCAUGAAGUGAAGUCUAUAAAGAGAAAAACAUUUUGAAAAACUUUCAAAAACAAAGUCUGAUUCGCACUUCAAAUCACAACAUUUUCACUUGAUCUUGUUUACAGCUACAGAUGUAAGUAAUUUGAUUAAACUUUAUCUAUUCAGACACCAAGGGAAAAAAACUAAUAAAUCAUAUUUUCUAACUACU